CUCCGUCACGAGCCCUGCCUGGGGCCUGGAGGCCUGCGGCCGGCCAGAGCCUCCCUCCCAGCCCAUGGGGACGCUGGUGGCCAAGCUGCUCCUGCCCACCCUCAGCAGCCUGGCCUUCCUGCCCACCGCCAGCAUAGCCGCCAAGAGGCGGUUCCACAUGGAGGCCAUGGUCUACCUCUUCACCACGUUCUUCCUGGCGCUCCACCACGCCUGCAGCGGGCCGGGCCUGUCCGUGCUGUGCUUCAUGCGUCACGACAUCCUGGAGUACUUCAGCAUCUACGGGACAGCGCUGAGCAUGUGGGUGUCCCUGAUGGCCCUGGCUGACUUCGACGAACCCAAGAGGUCAACACUGGUGAUGUUCGGUGUCCUGACUGUCGCUGUGCGCGUCUACCACGACCGCUCUGGCUAUGGCGUGUACUCGGGCCCCAUCGGCACAGCCGUCCUCAUCAUCGCCGCAAAGUGGCUGCAGAAGAUGAGGGAGAAGAAGGGCCUGUACCCCGACGCCAGCGUCUACACCCAGCAGCUGGGCCCCGGCCUCUGCUUUGGCGCACUGGCCCUCAUGCUCCGCUUCUUCUUCGAGGACUGGGACUACACCUACGUCCACAGCUUCUACCACUGUGCCCUGGCCAUGUCCUUUGUCCUGCUGCUGCCCAAGGUCAACAAGAAGGCGGGGACCGCGGGGACCCCGGCCAAGCUGGACUGCUCCACCCUGUGCUGCGCGUGCGUCUGACCUGGCACCCAGCGCCAGCCCCGUCCCCACCGCUCACCCCUGGCGACAGUCUCUCCCUGGGCUUCCUCCCGUCCUCCCCAGCCCUGGGCACCCAGCAGACACGGUCUCUAGGGUGUCCUGAGAGGUCCCCAGGGAUGCUUGAAGCGCCCACCGUGCUGCGCCGAGUGGUUCUGAAGGACCCGCGUGCUGUGUCACUGGGUGCGCACCGCGCUCGGAAGAAAGGGCUCUCUCCUCCUGGCCUCACCGUGACUGACAGAUGUGUCCUGGGAGCCCUGGGUCCGGCGUCCACCCACCCACCGCCAGCUGGAGACCCAGUGCCUGCCGCGAACAGGGGCCUGUGCCCACCCCGUGUCAUCUGUUUUCUCCUGGAAGCUGGCAUCACCCCUCUGUCCUGUGUCCUGGGGCUCUGAACACGCCCAUCUAGGAAGCCGGGGCCAGCGGAGCCAGCUGUCUCCCCGGCCCGGGCCUGCCCCUCACCCGUCCUUCCAGCCGGGCUGAGUUGAGCCGUUUCUGUAACGACACCUAGUAAGAAGUGCCUUGAUUUAUUGA